AUUGACAUACAAAAAAAUUGCCGUCUGCCCCCGACCAGGUCAGGAGAGCGAAGACUGGUUCAUUUUGAUGAACGAAAAUCAUCCAACAUCUAUUUACUUUAGGACCUCAUCAGACAUCGGUGAUCCCAUCAUGCAUCAGUAAUCUCAUCUGUGGCCGUACAAUUAUCAGUGACCUCAUCAGUGACCUCUCCAGUGACCUCGGGCAUCAGUGGCCUCAAAGUUGACCUCAUCGUUGACCUCAACAGUGCCUCAUCAGUGACCUCAUCAUGGUGAGAUUGACACAACUACUUCUUAUGGCUCGUCGUGCUUCUUCAAGUUCAAAGGACAAACCAUCCUGGGAGAAGAUAAAUCGACAUUUCCGCUACGGAAUGUCGCGACCAUGGACAAUUCAAUCUCAAGUUGCUAAUAUGCCAGGACGAGACCGCAAGAAGGUUCAAGUUGAACCAAUCAAAGACUGGAAGUUCUUCAAAGGAGAUUUUGUUCAAAUUCUGAAAGGAAAAGAUGCCGGUAAACAAGGAAUCAUUAACGACGUCAUUAAAGAAAGGAACUGGGUCGUCGUUGAGGGACUGAACUGUCAUUAUAGAUACAUUGGUAAGAUGCCAGGGUACAAUGGAACAUAUGUCGCUAGUGAAGCACCUUUGAAUAUUCAUGAUGUCGGACUAGUUGAUCCAUCAGAUAACAAACCAGCAGAGAUAGAUUUUCGAUUCACAGAGGCUGGCGAUCAAGUAAGAGUAUCUAAACGCACUGGAAGAAUUAUACCCAUCCCACCCACCGCUAACGAACAUAAAGACUACAAGACAAAGGAAUCCUAUAUUGAGCAACCCAAAGACACAGUUCUGAAGGAUGUUUGUGAGAGAACAUACAAGCCAUCAUUAAAGACUGUUGAAGAAGAUCUAAUGGAAGCCAAUAACAUCGUAGAAACACGGAAAACAGCUAAAACAUACUGGUACUGAACGGACAGCUAAACUUCUGAUGAAAGCGUUUUUGUGCUUUUAUAUCGGGAACAACAAAACUUUUCUGUCCACCACUUUGCCAGCUCAUGUUGAAGGCUUCACAUUAAAUGGACACAAGCUAAAAACUAACAAAUUGGCGACAAGUGGAAAUACCAGAUGGACACCAGGCAGUGUAAACUUAUUUUCACCAAGUUGAAAUUUAGACUUGACCAGUCUGGCAUUUAGUCAGUGUGAUGAUGGCUUUUAGUAAAUUCAAAUCUGUCCGACCCAGUGUAUGGCUCAUCAGGCAACCGUUUGUAUCUGGUUUCAUUUGCAUUAAAGGAACACGUUGCCUUGGAUCGGUCGAGUUGGUCUUUGAAAAGCGUUUGUAACCGUUUGUUAUAAAAU